UUUGUCCUGAUUUCAACAGCUAGUUAUGAAACUUCGAUGUCAAAAUUUAUAUUUAAAGUUGUACCGUUAUCCCGUCAGUCACCCCUCUUUUGCAGAUAAUCGACAGAUCGAACUUAAUAUUCAUUGACCUUCUGGCACAUCGUGACAUCUCUCCCCCUUCCGCCCAUUUAAGUCAGAACCAUCGAUCUGCGUGGUAGCUAUAGGCUGAAAGUUUUCCUCUGUCUUGGCUUUCUGAGUAGACAUACAGUCGAUAUCCCCACCGUCGUCCAGAGGGCGGCCGGGCCAUUGCGAUAUCUAAACCGAACAUGUCUGGAGAGAGUGGUGUGCACUGGACGAUGUCGGGGGGUUUCACUCUCGUGCUGUUCCUGGUACUUGGGGCAUCCACCUCAACAGGCUGUCCCGGUGGUUUUACUAAGUUCGAGGGAGCCUGCUUCAAGGUGUACCACCAGAUUGUUACCUACGACCAGGCGAGGCAGUUUUGUGCCACCAAGGGGGGACUUUUAGCCAUGCCCAAAGACAACAAGACAGACGACUUUCUGUGGAAGUUGAAGAACGCGGCGGAUUCCGGGGGCUAUUUCUGGUUUGGUUUCAGCGACGAGAACUGGGAGGGCCGGUGGAUGUGGGAAGAUGGGACUAUUCACAACAAGUCAGCGGACUGGAGCAACUGGCGAGAGGGACAACCCGAUAACCACAAAGGAGAUGAAGACUGUGCACAUUACAACUCUCAAGCGGAGCCGGGAUGGAACGACCUGCCGUGCUCAGACAAAGCGGCCAAGUUCAUCUGUCAGACAACAGAUGACGAGGCAGUGAAUUGGUCCAGUACGACCAUGACGUCACUCGUGACCGACCAGAUGGAAACGCCAGCAUCGCGAGAAACUCCAGCGACUGUCUCAAAUGAGGAACUAUUCACCAAGGAGGAAGGUCACUUUUUCGGUGAUUGGCCUGACCACAUAGCAGCGUACAACAACAUAGACGCAGACGAGUGUGCCCGCCGCUGUCUGCAGGGUCACGGCAGUUACGACGGCGUCAGUAGACCAUGCCUGUCCUUUAACCAUCGCCCCGCGGGAUCGCCAGAGGGCGGCAGUGCACGGUGUUGGCUCCGUAGUAGUGACAAGGACACGGCGGCGUCUCUUGGUUCUGAGUGGGACAGUUGGCCUCACCGACAUUACUACCAGAGGAAAGGCUGUCCCGGUGGUUUUACCAAGUUCGAGGGAGCCUGCUUCAAGGUGUACCACCAGAUCGUUACCUACGACCAGGCGAGGCAGUUUUGUGCCACCAAGGGGGGACUUUUAGCCAUGCCCAAAGACAACAAGACAGACGACUUUCUGUGGAAGUUGAAGAACGCGGCGGAUUCCGGCGGCUAUUUCUGGUUUGGUUUGAGCGACGAGAACUGGGAGGGCCGGUGGAUGUGGGAAGAUGGGACUAUUCACAACAAGUCAGCGGACUGGAGUAACUGGCGAGAGGGACAACCCGAUAACCACAAAGGAGAUGAAGACUGUGCACAUUACAAUUCUCAAGCAAAGCCGGGAUGGAACGACCUGCCGUGCUCAGACAAAGCGGCGAAUUUCAUCUGUCAGACGACAGAUGACGCCGCAGUGGAAUCUUCAGAUGACGCCGCAGUGGAUUGGUCCAGUACGACCAUGACGUCACACGUGAACGACCAGAUGAAAACGCCAGCAUCGCGAGAAUCUCCAGGUGAUCACGACUUGCAGAUGAUAACCUUCCCGGCUCCACGCAGCGUCAGUAACUACGCCAGGCUGAUGACACCACGGUCUCAGGACUUGAUGAGCUUUACUUUAUGUCUGCACAUGCGCACCGACCAUUCCUACAGAAACAGAUACAGAUACAGGCAGACAAGUCUGGUCAGCUACGCCGUGGGAGGUGGCGAGCAUGCUAACGAGCUGCUCCUUUUCAACGAUGUAGAUAACGGUGGUUUUCAAUUAUGGGUACGAAAUGUGAAUGCUGGCACGGUAGACUUGCCCGUUUGGGACGGCGCGUGGCACGAGAUUUGCGCCACCUGGCGGAGCAGUGACGGACAUUGGCAGAUCUUCAGCGACGGCGCGCUUCGGGCCUCUGGCUCGGGGCUUAACACGGGGGGAACAGUGCGCCGUGGCGGCACGUGGAUCCUCGCGCAGGACCAAGACACAGUCGGGGGAGCUUUCGUGGAGUCUCAGGCGUUCAGUGGAGAGCUCUCGCAGGUGAACCUUUGGGACCGCGUGCUGUCUUCGGAUCAAAUCGGAACAGAUUGGUCAGUGUUCUGUAAACACCAUGGCAACAUGAUCGACUGGGCAACAGCAAACAUAAAUAUUUCCGGACUGGCCAGUAGUGAUCAGUAUCUCUGCGGUACGUACAGCAAACCUACUGAUUGUCCAGAUGACUAUCAACCAUUCCAAGGCACCUGCUACAAGGCGUUCGACGUUACCGCCACUUUUCACGAGUCCCUACGCAUGUGUGGUGAAGACGGUGGAACACUCGCCAUGCCUCGCGAUAUGAAAACCAACAACUUUCUGGUCGGGCUGAAGAACUCGGUCGAUCAGAAAUCCUCGUUUUGGUUCGGCCUUCACGACAGGAUAGAGGAAAAUUUUUGGAAGUGGAUAGAUGGAGAAGAACUGGGGGACUUCACAGACUGGGGACCCGGGGAACCUAAUGACUAUAAGCAACGUAAUGAGGACUGUGUCGUAUACUACCCGCCCAAGAAGAAUAAGUGGAACGACAUGCCAUGCCUUAACAAGCUGAAAUUUAUCUGCCAAGUGGAUACAACAGGUUACACGCCCUACGUCAAUGAGAAAAUCGCCUUCAAGGUGUUCGCCCAGUCGAAGACUUACGAAGCUGCGAAGCAGACCUGUGCGUCAGAUGGAGGCCAUCUUGCAGAUCUCAAGACACAGGCGUUACACGACUUUGUUUUGGCCAUGAUCCAGAAUGUGACGCCAGUAGGGACUACUGAUCGGGUUGAGAGCACGUGGACCUGGUCUGAUGGGACUCCGGUCAGCAACUGCGCCUUCGCCAACUGGGUACCGGGGGAGCCUAACAACGCCGGCACAGGCCAGGAUUGCGGGCAGCUAUGGACGGAGAAAGGUUUCAAAUGGGACGACGACUUUUGCGGAUAUCAGCAGUACUUCAUCUGUCAAAAAGGUUCCGGCGAAGAAAACUCCUGUCGACGAUCAGAAGAGCGCCCUCGCACAACUAUGACGUCACUCGUGACUGACAAGAUGGGUACGCCAGCGGCUCGUGAAUCUUCAGAAACGUGUGGAGUAUCAGCGUUUCGCCACUUCCCCCAAACUGAUUGCGGCGGACCUGCAGUGGACAUAGUCAGCCAUUUUGGUGUUACCGUCGAUUCCUGUGCAGCGGCUUGCUGUGCCGACCCGACAUGCCUGUCGUUCCAGUACAACACACACUCCAACUGUUACUUGAAAAGUACGAUCUGCUCUGCCGAGGAGAAAGUGAAUGCAGCAAUAGGAAACAUGUACGAUCGGAUUGAUUCACCAGGAACCGUCCCCGUCAGCCCACACACGGUUAGAGCCAUGGAAGGCGAGACCGUCACCCUCCCCGUGCAGAGUAAGGUGGAUCUACGCAAAGCGAUCGCGCUGACGUGGAGCCGGGUGGUCGGCGAGUCGGAUAUUUUAAGAGUCACUGUGUUCAUGUACUCAGCCGGAUCCAAGGGUCGCGCCUUGAGGCCACUGCUAGGGCGUGCCUCCUUAAACAUUGACGGUUCGCUGCGGAUAGAUGAUGCCAAACUUUCCGACGAGGGCGAGUACAUCAUGACGAAAAUCAUGCCCUUUAGCGGACAAACGGAGGAAUACGUCAAGCUUGUCAUAAUCGAUAAAUCAACUUACAAGAGACCGCAGUUGACUUUGGAGCUGUUCUAUCAUAAAGCGGAUUGUCCAGAAGACUACCUACCAUUCCAAGGCAUCUGCUACAAGGCGUUCAACGUAACCGCUACUUUCCACCAGUCCAUCCGUGCGUGUAGUGAAGACAGUGGAACACUCGCCAGGCCUCGAGAUAAGGAAACCAACGACUUCCUGGUCAGCCUAAAGAACUCGGUAGAUGAGGGAUCUUCGUUUAGAUUCGGCCUUCAUCAUGACGUCUUCCAGGAAAACGUCUGGAAGUGGAUAGAUGGAGAAGAACUGGGGGACUUCACAGACUGGGGACCCGGGGAACCUAAUAACUAUAAGCAAUUUGGGGAGACCUGCGUCGUAUACUACCCGCCCAAGAAGAACAAGUGGAACGACAUGGCAUGCUUUUCCAGGCGAAAAUUCAUCUGCCAAGUGGAUAAAACAGAAGCCGUCCGCAUCCAGAGCUCGAGCAAUGAUGUUCAGUAUGAUGGCAAAGCUGUACUUGAAUCUCCCGUCUUUAGCACCAACUGCAGCAACAGUUCGCUCGUUUUCCACUACCAAAUGGAAGGCUCCGCUGUCCCUGCCACACUAUACGUCUCCAUCGUCGUUAAUGAGUCAAACUCUGCCCCUGAAUUGCUGGGAACAUUUCCGUUCGAGCUGACCAACGGACAAAAGAAUCAGGUGCAUAUGGAUCUUCAAAGGGAGCAGCCGUUUCGUGUGGUCUUCACUGCCGAACUAGAUCAUCACUCGGCCAACUCAACGGACAGCGUAGGCCAAAUACAUCUGUAUGAUGUCGUCGUUCUCGACAAAUGUAGACCCAUAGACGGAUCAGCCCAAGCAGUGCUUUUCCAAGAGCCUGCUCCUUCCAAAGUACCCGUUCUUUCUAAUGACCAAAGUCUUCCCAGUGGAGCUAUUAUUGGGAUCAUCGUGGGGUUAGUUAUCGUGGCAGUAGCGAUUGUAACAGGAGUGGCGGUUGCCAGACGGAUGAGAGGCCAAUAUGACCGCUUCAUGACAACCAGCACAACCGUCCUGAUGAUGCGUGACAAUGUGAUGUUUGAACCGGAUGUGGAAUAGUUAGACUGUGAUGUUUAAAACGGAUGGGGAAUAGUUAGAAUGUGAUGUUUGAACCGGAUGUGGAAUAGUUAGAAUGUGAUGUUUAAAAAGCGGAUAUGGAAUAGUUUCAGUAUCAGAGCACAUGAAUCUCAACGCAGGAAA